GUGUGAGUGUACCCCAGGCUACGUGGGGGAUCAGUGUGAGCUGGACUAUGAUGACUGUGAGGAGAACAAGUGUCAGAACGGAGCUCAGUGCAUUGAUGCGGUCAACGGAUACACCUGUGUCUGUCCUGAGGGAUACAGCGGUCUGUUCUGUGAGUUCUCUCCUCCCAUGGUUCUGCCGCGCACCAGUCCCUGUGACGACCACGAGUGUAUGAACGGAGCGCAGUGCGUUGUCGUGGAGACGGACCCCCGCUGUCAGUGUCUCCAUGGUUACGAGGGCGAGUGGUGUGAGACGCUAGCCAGUGUCAACUUUGUCAACCGACGGUCUUACCUGCAGCUGCCCUCUAGUCUAAUCACACCUGAGACAAACAUCACACUACAGAUUGCUACAGAUGAGGACAGUGGUGUGUUGCUGUAUAAAGGAGACAAGGACCACAUUACCAUAGAGUUGUAUAGAGGACGUCUCCGUGUCAGCUACCACACUGGAACAAACCCUGCCUCUGCUAUAUACAGUGUGGAGACAGUAAAUGAUGGUGUAUUCCAUGUGGUAGAGUUGGUGGCAUCAGAUCAGACUGUGUCUCUGUCUAUUGAUGGAGGACCAGUCAAGUCUAUCAACUCUCUGAGUAAACAGUCAACACUCAGCAUUGAUUCUCCUCUAUACCUGGGAGGUAUGCCAGAUCGUUGGUCAGUCUCUGCAGCGCUGCAGUCUGGAGUUGGGGGGCAGAACGGGACCAGCUUCCACGGCUGUCUCAGGAACCUCUACAUCAACGGACAGCUGCAGGAUCUGGGGGUCGGACUGGAGCAGGGACAGACUGGGGUCGAAGCUGGAUGCCAGCCAUGCCAGGCAGGUGUGUGUGGCCAGGGUGAGUGCCACCCAACCGGUCAGAGAGGCUUCUCCUGUACCUGCCACCCUGGAUGGACCGGAGACCGUUGUCAGGACCAGGUCAACAACCCCUGUGAUGGGAACAAGUGUAUCCAUGGUUCAUGUCUUCCUAUCAAUUCCUACUCCUACUCCUGUCGCUGCCAGCCAGGAUUCCUCGGGGUGCUGUGUGACGAGGCAGACCAGGAAGUGCUGGACCCCUGUCAGCUGACCAGAUGUAAACAUGGGAAAUGUAGGCUGUCUGGCCUGGGCAAGGCCUACUGUCAAUGUAACCCAGGAUACACGGGGGACGCCUGCGACAGAGCCUCCUCUGAUCCACCGCCCCCCGGCAGAGGGGUCACCCAGAGGUGGUCUGUCGAGGGGAACGGCUCCGAGCUGUCUACCAGCUCCAGAGGGGCUAUUCGGCGUGUGAAACCCAGGAGAAGGUCUCCCGUCUAGAGUGCCGUGGCUCCUGUCCGGAGGGGGCUGAAGGGGGGGGCGGGAGCGGCUGCUGCUCCCCUUUACGUUCCAAACGCAGGAAAUACACCUUCCACUGCACCGACGGCUCCUCCUUCGUACAGGAAGUGGAGAAGGUGGUGAAGUGCGGCUGUACAAAGUGUCCUCCCUCGUAAAACGUCCCCCCUUUACCCUGGGAUGAAAGGUUCCGCCUCCUGUUCCUGCUCCUGUCUC